AUUCAAAGUCUUAUUGUCUUGCUCUUGGUUCUUUCGAAUGACAUCUCUCGGACACUCCAUCAUUAGUUCACGUUAACCAAUGUAUAUUAUGUGCUUAUAUGCUAAACUGGACCCUUAUUCGUCCUUGAUACCAGCAAUGGCUCUACCAGUGUAGUACAAUGGCAAGGCAGUGGUGACUGUGAAGAGAGCGUAGAAUGGGUAGACAACGUACUUGGCGUGCUUACCUCUCAACCACAAAGGCUUGGUGGAAUUUUGAUAUUGCUUUUGUAACUUGAUGAUUCUUUGUGGGUCCAUGGUGCUGAAUGUUAGAUAAUUCCCUGAAGGUAACACGAAACUUACGUUUUAUGUAUUUGAUAUCAGUUGAUUUUUUUCAGAGAAUGAAUUUUCGUCCUAUUGGUUGGCGCUUUUGUGUGCGAUUUGUCAGCGCUUACGUAAUUCGAACCCCGGUUCCCACUGUACCUAUCGGUCUGGGAGUCCACUACAAACGGUACAAUCAGUGUCGUUAUCAUUACUGUUGAUGUCGGGUGGCGGUGCUGACGCCGAUGCUAUC